AUGGCAACCAGUACAAGCAACAAGGGACAACUCCCAUUCAUCACGGUUUUGGGGUCUCUCAACAUGGACCUAGUCUCCUACGUCCCACACCACCCCCUUCCCGGCGAGACUUUAACAUCAAACCGCUUCGCCGUGUCCCCCGGCGGCAAAGGUGCCAACCAAGCCGUCGCCUGCGCUAAGCUCUCCCGGUCCUCAUCCCACUCUACCGCCGACGACCCAACGGCCACCGCCCGCGUCCGCAUGCUCGGUGCCGUGGGCCAGGAUACAUACGGCACUCAGCUUCUCUCCAACCUCUCGCGGCACGGCGUCGACGUCUCCGGCGUCACCGCCUCCCCGGCUCUCAAGUCGGGCUUAGCCAUCAUCAUUGUCGACGAACCGACGGGACAGAACCGCAUUGUCUUGAGUCCCGAGGCAAACCACAGUUUACUCUCGUCGCAAUUCUCCCAACCGAACUCUCUUGGGGAUCCACUCCCGGACUUGCUGAUUAUGCAGCUUGAGAUCCCACUCCCGACGGUUGUCGCCGCACUGCGCGCCGCUAAAAAUGCCCACGUGCCAGUCCUACUAAACCCGGCUCCGGCGCGGGAGUUGCCAUCCGAGGCGUACGCGGGGCUUGCGCAUCUCGUUGUCAACGAGACUGAAGCCUCAAUUUUAGGCGGCGUACCUGAAUCCGACCUCGACACCGAGGCGGGGCUCGAGGCCGUAGCGCAGACGUUCCUAUCGCGCGGCGUACUGAAUCUCGUCGUCACGCUCGGUGGGCGAGGUGUGUUUUACAUGAGUAGCGAUGGCCAGAAGGGCCUCAUACCCGCUGAGAAGGCCAAAGUCGUAGAUACUACUGCGGCUGGGGAUACGUUUGUGGGUCAGUAUGCGCUCGAGGUGGUGUCCGGGAGCUUCAAUAUAGCCGACGCAGUGAAGAAGUCGAAUCGCGCGGCUGCGAAGACGGUGGAAAGGCUAGGAGCGCAGGACUCGAUACCCUGGCGUGACGAGUUAUGA